AUGUCUGAUGCCCACGACAAGUAUGGGGAUGGCCAGCCCCUGAGCGAGGAGACCCGCGAGGAUCUCCGUCGCAUGACCCUCGGUCUCACUGACCAGAAGACCAUCGACACCCUUACCCGAGUUGGGAUGGUGGCCAAGUUCAGGCGACAGAGCUCGCGUAACUUUCACGAAGAUGACAAGGCCGAGAAGAAGACCGGAGGCCACCAGGAGAAGGCCACCGCCGAAACCGCCGAUGAGUAUGCCGUGAAGAAGCAUGUCUCCCAGGGCGAUGUCAAGAAUGGAGGCACCGAGUCCGACAAGGACAAGGACAAGAAGCAAGUCUGA